GAUGGUUAACUUUACCCAAUCCGUCGGCCCCGGUCCCGCACCAGUCAGCGGGGAACAACACAGUUGUUUUUAUGUGACAGAAGAAAGCAGUAACUACUAGCAGAAGUACGGGAAAACGGCUUUGUAUGAAGAAGCGUAACUUUACGCACAGGCAGCAGACAGUGGAUCAAACUGAACCCACAGACGUAGUAGUCUACAACCCACACAGAACCCAGUGGGGUUCUGAAGAAUACGAAAAUGAAUCGGAGUUUAAGUAAAUCGCAGUCUUCUUUGCAGUAUCGUGCGACAGUGGAAGUGAAAAGCAAAUAUGGAGCAGAGUUCAGAAGGUUUUCCCUUAGCCGUUCCAACCCCGGGGAGUUCCAAGAUUUCUACAAGCUCAUCCUGCGCCUGCACCGUCUAACCAGCAUUGAUGUCAUCAUUGGCUAUGCAGAUAUCCAGGGAGAGCUACUACCCAUCAAUAACGAUGGCAACUUCUGCAAGGCCGUGUCCACUGCUCCUACCUUACUGCGGAUCUUCAUACAGAGACAAGAGGAAGUAGACGACAAUACCUUCUGCCCCAAUGCCACUGUGACCCGCCGGAGGAAGGUGCCAGCGAUCCCCCUGCCACGCGGAGACGGGAACCGCAAAAGGCCCACGGUCCACAUCAGCAGGCCGCAGGACUUCCGUCCCAUCUCGUCCAUUAUUGACACAGAUUUCCUGCCCGCAUCUCAGCGCCGGGUGCGCCUUUACCGCCAGGGCUCAGAGAGGCCCCUGGGGUUCUAUAUCCGGGAUGGGACUACUGUGAGGGUGACUCCCCACGGCCUGGAGAAGGUACCUGGGAUCUUCAUCUCACGGCUGGUCCCUGGAGGCCUGGCUGAGAGCACAGGGCUGCUGGCCAUUAACGACCAGGUGCUUGAGGUGAAUGGGAUUGAGGUGAUAGGCAAGGUGUUAGACCAGGUUACAGACAUGAUGAUCGCAAACAGUCACAAUCUUAUCAUCACGGUGAAGCCGGUGAACCAGCGUAAUAACAUAGUGCGUACCGGCAGCUGGAUGUCGGGGAUAAACUCAGGCAGUGUCAGCUCUUUAGACUACCAGAGUUACCACAGCAUGCCCAUCUGUCAGAGUUACCACAGCAUGCCCGUCUGUGUGGGAGCCUACAGCUUCACUGAUGACGAGCUGCAGAGCGACGAGGACUUGGACAUUGUGAUUGAGAGAAGACUCAGAAACUCAUCCCGUCGCUCCAGUGCCUCCACCUCCACAGCCUCCCGUUCCCAGGCUUGGUCCCAGCCCCAGCAGAGUCCUAGGCCUUCUCCUAGGCCAUCCACUCGACGCCCUCCCCGUCGACCUUACUCUGUCAUCUCCUCAACCUCCUAUCACUCACAACCCAGCCUCACUAACCUGAACCUCAGACUGAACCGAGACCUGACCCUGCAGCAGCACUACGGCAGCAGCCCAGCCAUCAGGGAGAUGAAUGGAGGUGUGUUUAACCACAGCAGCCUGCUCACCCUGAGGACAGAGCUACGACGCAGCCUGGUGCUACAGAGGGGAGGGGUGGAGGAGGACGGAAUGGUCAUCACCUUGUGAUUCUACAGUCAGAUUCUAGAACACUACAAACCACAGGGGGCUGCUGAGGGGAGGACAGAAUGGUCAUCACCUUGUGAUUCUACAGUCAGAUUCUAGAACACUACAAACCACAGGGGGCUGCUGAGGGGAGAAUGGAAUGGUCAUCUCCUUGUGAUUCUACAGUCAGAUUCUAGAACACUACAAACCACAGGGAGGGGGGGACGGCACAUAAAAAUGGCCAGAAUUAAGUGAAUGGUAUAAAACACGUGUUUGAUUAAACCCCUUUUUUGAUGCAUUUGAUACCAUUCCACUCAUUCUGCUCCAGCCAUUACCACGAGCCUGUCCUCCCUAAUUAAGGUGCCACCAACCUCCUGUGCUACAGACACUGCCAGCCUUUGUUAUAACUUUUCAAUGCUUGAGACGGAGGAGACGCUUCUUAUUGGCUGGGUCCCAAAUGGCACCCCAUUUCCUAUAUAGCGCACUGCUUUGACCUGGACCCUGGUCACAAGUAGUGCACUAUAAAGGGAAUAGGGUGUUGAUGAUACAUUGUGAAUUCAGGGAUCUGACCUUUUGAACCCACUUAAAUGUUGUCCCUCUCAGCGUCAGUGUCUCAGCACAUUUGAAACCACAAAGCGGAGCGCCUAAGUAUUUAAUAUGGAAAUAGUCAUGAAACACCAUUAUGUAUUAUUAGUAAAUCCAGUUCUGGCACUUGUUGUUAUACUGUGAAUGUGGAUGUCCUUUACAUGUACUGCUGAUGCUUUGUGUAGAGAGAUUGUAUUAUUAAAGCUACAGCACUGUUGUGGUUUUAUUAUGUCUCCCAAGUGGCACAGCGGUCUAAGUCACUGCAUCUCAGCACUAGAGGCGUCACUACAGACCCUGGUUCGAUUCCAGACUGUAUCACAACCGGCCGUGAUUGGGAGUCCCAUAGGGCGGCGCACAAUUGGCCCGUCAUUGUAAAUAAGAAUUUGUUCUUAACUGACUUGCCUAGUUAAAUAAAGGUUAAAUAAAUAUGUCUAAUGCCAUUUAUGAGGAAUAAAUCCUUAACUAUCCCCUUACCAAAAUAUCAAGCCAUUAUGUGUGUCCCAAAUGUCAUUAUGAACUGUGUCAUUAUGAAUUGUGUCAUUAUGAACUGUGUCAUUAUGAAUUGUGUCAUUAUGAACUGUGUCAUUAUGAACUGUGUCAUUAUGAA